AUGCAUCUAUGGCAGGAGAGAAAGAAGCAAAGACUGAUGUUGAUUAGAAGGGAGGCGGAGAAAAUGGAGGAGGAAGAAGCUGUUGCUGCCAUGCCCAUUGCAUUCCGGCAUGGGACUCAGUCUUUGAUGGAGAGGAGCAGCACAUGCAGGCCAAUGUCGGUAUUGAAUGGUUCCACCACCCUCGCUCAGGAGUCACACUCAGCAAAAGGUGGAAUCAAAGCGCCAACUUCGGUGGGGUCCAUGGCAGAUGAAGAAACCAUUUUAAAGGCGCUUCAGGCACUCGAGAAUGCGGAGCGCGUGUCUCAGUACAUCAUGAGAGACUAG